UGCAAUUCCAACAAUGUAAGAAUGAUGUCGUUUUUUAAAUACAUUUACCGUCGCACUGGGCAGCGUGCAGACCCAAAGGGACGUGAUGACGGCAUUAAAACAAUAUGACAUCAUCGGAAAUCUGCAAAAUUCGAAACAGUGUAAACUAGCAAAACUGAAUAGGUGUAUGGAAACUGAAAUAGGUGCGUUCUGCUAUAAAUGAGGCGCUGCAGUGCAGGCUCCUCGCUAAGCUGCAGAUGGAUGGAUCACAAAUUCAAACAGCACAGUGAAAACUCUCUGGAUCUACUAGACAAGAUGGCUAAUAACUCCACUAACAGCACUGAGGAUGCUGAAGUGAAGCACACUGCGGCCUUCCCUAAUGAUCUGUACAGCCAGGCAUCCACAGCAUCAGCUGAGGACAAACUUGGUUUCAUAGGUCAGGUUCUGGAGGAGACGGCUGCCCUGUUUGAGGAGGAUCACAGCUCUGCAUCAUGGGAGGAGAACACAGUGGAGAACUUUGUCAAUGUUGUGACCCAGCAGGCUGACGGCCUUCGCUCCUGUAUUGGGAGCCACGGCCACAAGAAGAAGAACAAGAAGCUGCACAUGUAUUUCAAGAGACUCUCACGCCAUGUUCUACAGGAAAUGGGCCACAGUGCUGAAGCCUGGGAGCUGAUCAGGCAGGAAAUCAAAGAGCAUCUGAUGAGAGCAGACCUGCUGGUUUCAUCUCUACUCACCACCAACUAAAAUCUGUCUGGCAGAUUAAGAAUGUGUUAAUUUAUUUGCUUACA